CAUAAUUGAGUUGAUGUUAGCCUUCCAAGAUGUUCUUUACCAGGAAGAGGAAUUAAGAGGGUCGUCUGUGACCGUCUGUACGAGUGUGAUUUGUUGCUUUGGUUGUACAUGAAUUUUUAGGUAGAGCGAUCACACCUAAUAACAGUUAACUGUACGACAUUUUGUGUUAGUUGUAUGGUAUAUAUUCUUUUUUAGUUUUGAUCUUAUGUAACAAAAUUAAUUUACUAUAUUUUUAUUAGUAAAUUCAUCGAAUUGAAACUUUAAAAAAAAAAUCAGGUACUUGAUUAUGUGGAAAUGGGGAAGAAAAGAGGGGUCGAGCUGGAUCGAAUUACCAGAGCCAGCCGUAACAAGACCUUCUCCAACUGAAGGCCUCCCUCGAAAUGCUCAUGGCCCGGGUCGAGAACCAAGCCCAUAUCAAGGUCCAGGCCCACGAUCUGGCUCAGGCGCACUUCGCCCAGGCCCAAGCCGAGCACCAGAGGCAAACAGCACUUGCAAUCUUGCAUCAGCUCUGAUCGUACUUCUUCUUAAGUUGUAUGAUCUAAAAGAUUAUUCGUAAUUAGGAAUUUAUUUUCUGAAACUCGACUAUUGUCAUAUUUUUAAAUUCCCUAAGUAAUCAGUUUAGGAUAUCAAAUUUUGUGAAUAAUUUUGAUUGCCUAUGGAACUCUUCACCACGGACAGAAAAUGUCUUUUUUUUUCUUUCUCUCUAUUGAGUAAGGAAAGGAUUGAGAAUGGGGAUGCCAGUGUGAAAGAUGUCUAAAUUAUGAUAUCCAAAGUUGUUGAUGAAUCUAAUAUAUAAGUAACUAAUGAUUAUUUUUGUUUCAAAUUAUGUCAUGAAAUUUAUAAAAAUUAACGUAUUUUGUUGCUUUACACAUUUUGUGUUCUUAAUUGAAGGAAUGAGUUCUUUCAAUACUUACAUCUAAGUAUUAUCUAUAAUUUGGAAUUACAAAAGCAUAUAUAAAGAAGUUGUGGGAUGUUGGUGCUAUUUUCUGAGUUAUAAUCUAGAACAUUUGUUGUAAUAUGAGUACUUCAAUUGUGGUUCUAACAAAUCAUUAUUUGGAAAAUGGGCAUUAGAGAAUAACUAAAUUAGAGCUCGAUCCUAUUAUAUAACAAGCAAAAUUUGAAUGAAUUUAUACUGCCUCAAAUUGUGAGCCAAUGUCCUAAUUUUAUUAUUAUUAAAUCUUAUUUUGAGAAAUAUCGAGUUUUUGAAUUGAUAAAGUCAUCCCGCCACUGCGUCCAAACUCCAAAGUCCAAACUCACACGGGAAGUUCCGCUUCUUCUCUCCCAAGCAACCAAACAGAAACAGAGAAUGCCUGCUGCUGCUGAGUCCCCAUUCCCAUCAACUCCGGAAAGCACCGCCGCUGCCGCUCUCCUCCUCCUCUCCGCCACCAUUGAAGCCGCCGACGAGCUUGCUUCUCCAUCUCUUUCUCCUCUGACUUGCGCAAAACCUAAUUUCGACGCCCAGACACUGAGCACAGGCCGGAAGUUCAAGUCCAAAAUCGGCGCUGAGAAGAGCUCGGUUUCCAGCGGUUCCGGAUCUUGCAUCUCGUCGUCGCCGGAGGAAGUGGUUCCAGCUCACAAGCUCAGGAUCGUCGCUCUCGUUGCUCGCGGCCAUGACAUGAAGCUCAAGGUUGUGCGGAAGAAGCGGUCCAAAGUCUACUGGACAUCGAUUGAUCGCAAGGAGCUAGUCCUCGGCUACCCGGAGGCGGCUUCCAAAUCGGCGGCUUCCACGGAGACUUCGUGCCUGUCGACCACUUCCAGCGCCGCUUCGAGCGCCCGGAGCCGAUACAGCACCACCGGAACUGCCAAGAGAACAGAGUCUCCCAGCUGCGCAGAGAAGUGGAGGAAGAAGCAAUCCGCGUCAAGCUCCAGCUCCUUAUGCGGCUCAACUCACAUGAAGCACCAAGCCGACUCCAUCCUGAAGCUGCUCUCUCGCGGCUCUUUCUCAGAAGUCAGGAUUCGUCAACUCCUCGGUGACAGUCCUGACACAAGCAAAGCCCUCAGAAUGUACGCUUCUUCUUCUUCUUCUUCUUCUUCUUCUUCUUCUUCUUCGAUGGAGCUUGUAACUUGUUUGGUUGUUCCGAUUGCAGGCUGCUGAGGCGAGAGGAGAUUAAGAGAUCAGGAAGCGGAGGGCGUCUGGAUCCAUAUAUUUACACGGUAUAACCUUAAAAACCUGGUGCGAUGAACAGUGUAGUGAUUAUGGAUUUAUGGCGAGUUAUGAAUAUGGGGAAAUCUUGCCCUUUUUCAGGUAGCUUGAGGCGACCGCCUAAGUAUAAUAGCUAGGGAAGUGAUCGGACAGCUUGAGAUUGGCAAUGGCAUCCCACUAGGAAAGGCAAUGGAUAUCAGUAAAUAGGAGGAAUCUAU